AUGGCGACUUUGACCACUGCGUCCGAUUCUAACAAGACCAUUGUGACGGUUGAAAAGAUCAGCCACGUACUGGACAAGAUUGGCAUCAGUCUGAAGCCAGACAAAUCUGUCCAAUGGCACGACAUCAUUGCCUCAGUACAGGAGUCAAUUGAGAUUGUGCAAGAUCUCCCAGACUACUUUCCCCCUGUUGACUUGGACAAGUAUCCCCGUAUCAACGUCCAUCGGCCACCCACUCACGAGAACGAGGGAAAUGCCUGGGCGUGGAAGUCGCACAUUCAGGGUAAGGCGGGUGGACCUCUGUCCGGCGUCACGUUCUGUCUCAAGGACAACAUUACCGUAGAGGACGUUCCCAUGCUCUUAGGAACGGACAUGAUUACCGAUUACACCCCGCAAACAGAUGCUACACUCGUCACACGGAUUCUUGAAGCUGGUGGCACAAUUAUUGGCAAAGGUGUUUGCGAGAAUCUGUCACUCUGUGCCUCCUCCUUCUCUGCCGCUACCGGGCCCGUGGAAAAUCCCUACGCCGUUGGGUAUACCAGCGGUGGCUCCUCCAGCGGCUGUGGCCAUCUUGUUGGAUCGGGAAAGGUUGACGCUGGUAUCGGUGGUGACCAGGGUGGCUCAAUCCGCUUUCCGUCUAGCUACUGUGGUAUUGUAGGUAUGAAGCCUACUUGGGGACUUGUACCGUGGACUGGAGUUGUGACACACGACGCCGUACAUGAUACAGCCGGCCCGAUGACGAAAACUGUCGCUCUGAAUGCAAAGGUCCUCCAAGCCAUUGCUGGUCGCGACGAUAUUGAUGAUCGCCAGUAUGCUGCGCCGCUGCCGUCUCAACUUCCCGAUUACUCUGCUUCGCUCAACAAGGGUGUUAAAGGUCUAAAGAUAGGCAUCUUAAAAGAGGGGUUCGAUUUCCCCGUCAUUGACCCAAGAGUAAAGGCCAAGGUGAUGGAGGCGGCGAAGCGGUUCGAGAGCCUUAGUGCAGAGGUCGUCGAAAUCAGUGUUCCACUGCACACCAUCGCUGGACACAUAGUCAACUGCGCACUGCGGCCCGCUGCGGCAUAUCAAGGAUACUUGGGAAAGGCAUGCGGUCGAAGGGGCCUGUACUUGAGCGACCUCGCCCAGAAAAUGACACCCAUAGAUCAGAGCAAAUUCGACAAGAUGUUCUCCACGUCCAAAUUCACCAUGAUCUCCGGCCUAUACCUUUGGGAGAACCACCCCUUAAUCUAUGGCAAGGCGAUUAAUCUGUACCGGCGCCUGAGGGAUGAGUAUAACUCCGCCCUAGAGAAGGUCGACGUCUUAAUUACGCCAACAAACCCCUACGUCGCAAACACACACGCCUCUCCUGAGGCUGGACCUUCAGAAUAUAUAGCGAAGAGCAGAGGCGUUGCUGUUAAUACGGUAUGCUUCAACGCAAGCGGCCACCCUGCAAUGAGUCUACCUGUAGGAUUCCUUCUAGCAGAAGAUGAUAGCAGUAUCAAUCUACCGGUUGGCAUGCAGAUUGUGGGGGGAAUGUUUCAGGAGGAGAUGAUUUAUCGAGUUGGUGCGGCGUGGGAAGCUGCAUUUAACUGGAAGAAUCUGUAG